GCCCUGAGUCGCUGGGCAGCCACGGUCGGGUCUCGCCGGCUGGGGGCGCGCCGUGACGCGCCGGGGUGGCGGUGGGAGCUGCGCUCGCAGCUGAGCCCCGUUUCUCUGGUGCCGCAGUAUCCCUGGUACUGAGAGCUGAAUACCCACACCCAGGGCUGGGGCCGUAGCAGAAAGGAAGGCCGGGAGGCUGCCUGGCGGAGGCAGUGCCCCUCCGAGUGGGCGGGGCUAGUCCAGGCUCCGCCCCGCCCCCGACCGCUCCGCUAGUGCCCGGCACGCCGCCGCCAGUACUGCCGGCUCCGGGCUAUGGAUGCCCCGGGGGCUCCGGCCCCGACCGCCGCCCCCGGCCCGGGCAGGAAGGAGCUGAAGAUCGUGAUCGUGGGCGACGGCGGCUGCGGCAAGACCUCGCUGCUCAUGGUGUACAGCCAGGGCUCCUUCCCCGAGCACUACGCCCCGUCGGUGUUCGAUAAGUACACGGCCAGCGUGACGGUUGGCAGCAAGGAGGUGACCCUGAACCUCUACGACACGGCCGGGCAAGAAGACUAUGACCGGCUGCGGCCCCUGUCCUACCAGAACACCCACCUCGUGCUCAUCUGCUAUGACGUCAUGAACCCCACCAGCUAUGACAACGUCCUCAUCAAGUGGUUCCCUGAGGUCACGCAUUUCUGCCGUGGGACCCCCAUGGUGCUCAUCGGCUGCAAGACGGACCUGAGGAAGGACAAGGAGCAGCUGCGGAAGCUCCGGGCCGCCCAGCUGGAGCCCAUCACCUACAUGCAGGGCCUGAGCGCCUGUGAACAGAUCCGAGCUGCUCUCUACCUGGAAUGUUCUGCCAAGUUUCGGGAGAAUGUGGAGGACGUCUUCCGGGAGGCCGCCAAGGUGGCUCUCAGUGCUCUAAAGAAGACACAGCGGCAGAAGAAGCGCCGGCUCUGCCUGCUGCUGUGACCCAGGGCAGUUGGCCCUCGAGACAGCACUGACAGGGCCCGGGACCCCAGGGGCCAACUGCACUGGGAGGCUGCCCCAUCCCCACCCUCCAGCUCCUGGUGUCUCUGGGGCCUGUGGCUAGACUCUUGGAACAUUCAGGAACUCUAUCCUUUCCUGGCUGGGGCUCUGACCACAAACUCCCCUCCAGGCUCCCCCUGGGGUGCAGUGGUGAUGUGGGUACAGGAGCCAGUGUCUGUCCUCAGGACUCAAAGUGCCCUCAUCACAGCUGCCCCCGCCACAAGGGUCUCCUCAGUGCAGACCCAAGUUAUGCUUGGAAUGAACAGUCCAUCUGGUGGUGGGUAAAUGUGGACCUGGCACUAUUCCACAUGGGCGCCCAGGCCCGCCACUCCUAUGUCCCUGCCUCCCUGGGCUCUGGAGAUAGAUAGGCACCGCUGUAUCCUCCAGCUCCUUCCUUCCUCCCCCAGGAACUCAGGGGCCACCACAGGGGCCGGGCCUAUCAGGAGAACACAGUCUGCAGCCCGGUGGCGGGGCUGGCACCAACCCCUCCCAUCUCCAUUCCACAUGGAAGACAUCAACCUUCAGCUUGGCCUGUGUCUUCGGAGAGCUGGGAGCAUGUGCCCACGGGGCAGACAAAAUAGCCUCUCAGAUGUUAAAAGUAUACCCUGGACCCCCCAUCUGACCACCCCCUCGAAGUCUCAUCCAAUGCCCCCACUGUCAGGGACUCCUCAGGAUGGGAAGAGCCAUCGGCUCCCCACGUCGUGAGCUAGUUUUUUGUGGACAGUUUCCCCCCACUGGCAGGACAGGACCGGCCCAU